AUGCAUUCAAAGUCAUCUACAAAGUACCCCAAGCAAGUUCGGAAACGUCAUUUGGCAACGGUGGAAGCUGUAGCAAUCAAAAUCAUGGACCCACUACUGUGCAAGCAGAAGAGGAUGGUUGCCGCACUUCAGCUGUCUUGGCCCCAACCAAACGUGCCUGGUAUCGGUCACGUGACCGAGCGUCGUCUGGACGCGUUCGGCAUUCACACAUGCGGCGAUCUGCUCGCCAAGCGCGGUGUACUUUGGCAUGUGAGCAGUCGAUCCGCAAUGAGUUACUACAUUCGUAUUGCUCUUGGUCACAGUGAAGACGAUUGGUUGCCCUGCUCCGAUCCCACGUUGGUUCCAAUUUUCACUCCAUCCGGUGCUUGUCACGCGUCCGCACUGACCGAUAGCGAUUUGAAUCAAGGACGUGCGGAACUGGAUCGAAAGAGUAUGAGUGUGGAAAGGACUUUCUCGGACUGUUCGGAACCGAGAGAACUGUUCGAACGCUGUCGACAGCUGGCCGCGAUGCUAUCUUCCGAUCUGAAGGAAGAACAUGUGAAGGGCCGGCAUUUGACUCUGAAAAUGAAACUGUACACAUUUGAGAAUCGUUCACGAUCGCAGCUAUUACCGGACUAUACAAAUGAGACAGAGGUGAUAGCUACUUUUGGUGUGGAAUUGUUGCGUGAAGAAAUGACGAACGAACGAACCGGAAGCGGUCAUCACAAUCCAAUCGCAUCCACUAGUCAACAGCGGCCGGGCAAGGAAAAACCAACGAAACCGUUGACAUUACGUUUGAUGGGUUUGCGUAUGGCUUCACUGAUGCCGGUUGAAAUGUGUCCACAGGUUCGACAGCGCAGUAUUGAGGAGGCGUUGACCAAAGUGGUACAGAUGCAACCGAGCAAUUCAGAGCCGUCGAAACGAGAACCGACUACGCAAACCGAUUCCAUCGUGAUGGGAUCUGUCGUUACUACAUGUCCUUCUCUCAAAAUAGCCAUUGGUCACGCCGUUACAUCAGUUGCUGUAAAGAAGUCCAAGCCCAGGCCAAAACACUCGAAAUCGUUGCUUAAAUCACGUAGUGGCCGUCAUUCGUCAAAACGGCCGAAAAGCCUAACAAAAUGGGCACCACCAAAAACGUCGGUUCAAUCGGGACACAAACCCAUAACCGGGUCGCUUCAGUGGAGUUUGACCACGCGAGAUGAUUUGCCGUCGGGUAUUCCCACGGCUGCUGUGUCUUCAGCCCCAAUUGCAUCAACAAGCGGAACUCCGGCAAGUGACUUAUCCUUAUCCAUAUCCUGUCCCGUUUGUGACAAACAGUUUCAAAUGGAGACGGAGGAGGAGUUCAAUCAUCACUUGGAUGCGUGUCUCAGUCGUGAUGCGAUUGCCGAGGCAGUGAGGGAAACGCUUACCCAAACUGCGGACGGUGCAUCCGGCACUUUGGGACUACCUGUCUCUCCGUCCAGUACACGAAAGCGUCAUUCCGUUUCCGGUAUACAAAGUUGUUCCUCAGUCCAAGUGUUGAUCGCUUGCGAGCUGUUGAUGACGCGCACUGUUUGGUUUGCGGAAUUCAAGCGUGAUAGACGGUCCCUGGAUAAUGAGACACGGUGUGGUCGACCUGCGGAGACCGCCGCAGCGGACAACAUUGCCGCUGUGCAAGCGAUGGUAAAGGAGGAUGCACGACUGACAGUGACAGCUGGCGAAAGACAUCGAGAUCAAUCCGCACCUCCCUCCAUGAGAAGCUCGGCCCCAGAAGGGCUUUCGAACGCUGAGUACCCUAUCAAUUCAACGAGGAACAGAGACCAGUUGGGGUGA